AUGGUAGAGUCACAGGAGCAAAAUGCUUCGAGACUCUCCCUGCUGCAGCGUCACCGUGAGGCCCGCGAGCGGCUUGCCGAAGUCAGCAAGCUUCAGGGCCAAAGCCAAGCUGGAAGCGAAGUCGACGGCUCACACGGAGUCCCUUUGGCCGCCCCGUCGCCUACGACGGAUGCCCCGAAGUCGGCGUCGGCCGCAGCCUGCUUCUCCCACUCGCAGUCGCAGGAGGUGCUGGCGGCAUCGAUUGCCGCUGCAAGCUCUCAUUUCCAUUCAUCGCCCUUGCAGACACCCCUCGCGCCCUCGAGUUCUGGAAGCAAAGCGAGCCUCCCAAGGAAAAGGCCACUGUCAGCCUUUCCGAGCCGUGCAACGGCAUAUGCGGCAUCUCCAGUCUGCCAGCGUCCCGCAUCUGCGAUCGGUGUGCGAGAGCGCUUCACCCAGGUGGCCCAGGAUGGCGAUGCCUCGUUGUGGCGGCCUGAAGGCAAAGGGCACGAAACAGCGAAGGCGGGCCAAAGCAGCGACGCCGCAAAGCUGAUGGAACAUCUGCCCAGCCAGGGGCCGGAUCUGGUGCUUUCGGCAAUUCAAGGUCGUUUCGGUCCGCCACCACCGCUGCCUCCAUUGCCUCCCGAGCUUGCUCAGAAGGAGCCGUCUCCAGAGUCACAGACAGCUGCAUCCAGACAGGACGAGGAUGAUUUCACUGCCGAGGAGCGGCGGCUCGAGCAGCAAUCCGAAGAGGCGUUGAACCAGCUGGAGGCUCUCGAUGCUGCAGUCGAUGCCUUGCGCUUCAAGUUGGAGGUCUCUAGAGAUGACCUCGAGUCGUCCGGGGCCGAGUUGCAGCAGCUGCGCUGUGCCGCCGAAAGCUGGGCCAAGGCAGCUGAAGAGAGCCGCCGAGAGCUGCGUGAUCGGGAGCAGCGACUGGAGGUGGAAGAGGCCUUUGGUCCCAGCGAGGAGAAGGACAAGAACGGUCGCUUUCUCGUCAGCCUCGAGCUUGGCGAGUGCCCGGAGGAGCCGCACAAGUCUACACUGGCGGACGAGAGGGUGUGUGUCCUUGGAAAGCAGACGGACCGGUUGCAGGAGCAGGUUCUUUGCCAGCAGCGCUUGCUCGCCGAGCGCCUCGAGGAGCGGCGGGCUCUCGAGGCGCAGCUGGAGGGCCUCGUGCGGGACCGCGACGAGCAGAAGUCGGUGCAGCAGAAGGCGAGAGGAGCCCUCCGCUCUACCGAGGCGCAGCUCAAAGUGAAAGAAGAGGAGCUAGCAACAGCUUCACGACGGUGUCAAGACCUGCGGCGUCACAGUGUGCGCAUGCGUGGGGAGGUUCGAGGUUUGAAAGCUCGCUUGGCAGUUGAGACCAACAUUUUCCACUUCAGCAGUGCUAUCAGCGCCUGCGAGCGGGCGGCCAACUGGCUGAUGGCUCUUGAUACGCUGCAUGCCAUGGUUAGGCAUGAGGUGCUUCCCAACUUGGUGAGCUACUGCUCGAGUGUGAGUGCCUGUGAGAAGGCCUCUCAGUGGUUAGUUGCCCUUGGCCUCUUUGCAGAGAUGCGGCCAAGGCAGGUCAUUCCGAACGUGAUCGGUUUCAGCUCAGCCAUCAGCGCGUGCGGGAAAGGCGGUGAGUGGCAGCAGGCUCUGCAGCUCUUCGCCACAAUGGCCGCAAACGAGGUCUGCCAGGAUGUUGUUAGCUGCGCCUCGAUGAUAAGCGCGGCCGCGCAAGGAGGGCAAUGGCGCUUGGCAGUCGACGUGCUCAGACUCAUGAUAAACGAUCAGAUUACUCCAAACGUUGUCAGCUACAACAGUGCCAUCAGUGCUUGCGAGAGGGGUCGUCAGUGGAAGCCUGCGCUGCAGUUGCUAAAGUCCAUGGGUGAGGCGACCAAGUCCCCAGAUGUGGUGAGCUACAGUGCUGCGAUUUCAGCCUGUGCCAAUGUGGGGGAAUGGCAGCGUGCUCUGUCCUUGCUGACGAGGAUGGGGCAGAAGAAGGUGACCCCAAACACCGUCAGCUUCAAUGCCACCAUCAGUGCUGCCGAGAAGGCACAGGACUGGCUCCUGGCACUGGACCUGUUGAGUAUGAUGCGACGAGCCAAGGUCCUUCCGUCCGUAGUCACUUUCAGCUCAGCAAUCAGUGCCUGUGUCAAAGCACUGGAGUGGCAAGCAUCCCUCGAGCUGCUUUCAGCGAUGCCCGCGUUGAAGGUGGUGCCCAACCAGAUAACAUACAACAGUGCCAUCAGUGCCUGCGACGUGGGCAGCCAGUGGCGCCAGGCCGCUGCACUCCUCGACUGCAUGCUGGAUGUCGCCAUAGCUCAGGACGAGCUCAGUUACAGCGCUGCCAUCAGUGCUGCUUCCCGCUGCGGUCAGUGGAUGCACGGCCUCGCGCUGCUUGCGGAGAUGCCACAGCGAAGUGUGCGCUGCGACGCUGUGGCACGGGAUGCGUCCCUCCGGGCAUGCGUGAAGGCGCAAAAAUGGCAAGCGGCGCUUCUUCUUCUGCAUGUUGUUCCAGACACAGUGCUGGGCUGCAGCUUGGUCCUCGAUGGCUGUGAGGCGAGGAACUGCGCAGAGCUGAUGCCCGAAAUGAUGAGUCGCCUGCAUGGGGCCCUGUGCCGGGCGAGGUCGUUGUCGCCUACAUAG